AUGCGUGAGGUGUCCAUUAUCGACGGCAAGGAUGAAAAGGAAGUUGAAGUUCAAUUGAAGGAUACUAUAAGGCGUAUGCAAAAUGCUAAAGUGCCACAAACAGUUGUUGGUGUCAGCAGCUUCUAUUUACCUCCAAGAACUCCAAUUCGGGAACUUUCCCCAUCCCCAACAGAAUUACCACAACAUCCAAAAGAUGCUUCUUCUAGACCUCUCUCCCCAAUAAUUACUUCCCCGACGACUGAUAGACAACAAAGUCGAAGACCUACAGAAAUGACAACUAUAUUCCCUGCUAGUUUGAGGCAUGAUGAAGGAUUAGGGAUUAAUGGUUUGUUUGAGGGAUAUUUUAAAGAUUAUUAAUCUGUCUGAUCAUGAACCUAUCUCUCAGGGUUCAUGAUCAAACAUCAUGAACCUAUCUCCUUACUGAACUAGAAAAAUUGGAAUAUAACUUGAAAAUUUCUAGAAAAUUUGGGCAUUAAGUUACUGUUGGACUCAUUGGAAGGGGAACUUUCAGCUCGGAUAGACUUCGGAAGACACACCUUUCCAAGAUUAGAUACAGUAAUGUAAGGAAGACUAGAGCAUCAGCUGGUGUUUAAAAUCACUGCCAAAAGUCACAUCAUCGAUGCUUGCCCCUGGCUAAACUUAUAUCUCUUUCUUCUAUUCAAAAGAAUUUUAAUAUUUCCUUUACUUAAGGAACUAGCAACGUUUUGACUGCAAGAUCUGAACAUCCAGGCGAUAAUUUAACGCCAACUCUGGCUGGGCCCACCAGUGAUGAUUUAAAAGAAGGAAGUGGUGGUUAUGCUCUCGUAAUUAAUGGGGAAUCAUUGGUGCAUGCAUUGAAGACACAACAUGAAAAAAUAUUUUUGGAAAUUGCAAGGAACUGCACG